AUUUCUUUAAGGCUAAAAAAAUCACAAAUUAGAUGGAUUCAAUCAAAUUCAACCCCUUUUCUAAACUCUAUCAAAUCUAUCUCGACCUCUUAUUUUCUAAGUACAAAUCUAACUGCCUUCACCACUGAAUAAACUCAUUCACAAACAUCCUUACAUCAGCAAAUGAUUUAAAAGAUAGAAAUAGUAAAGCCAACCAAAAAAAAAGGCAAAAAACAAAGAGACACUCAAACUUAUGUAACAAACUAGCUGGACAACCCCGUGUUGCAGCAUGCGGGACCAAAUAGCUACAUUUCCUAGUCUAGAACGGCUGGUUGUGAAAUGGAAUGACAAUCUAAAGAUACAGUGUGGACUUCGUCCAGAAGAGUAUUUUGGUAAACUAAAAGUUCUGCACCUCCUUUGCUUUCCUAAGCAAUCGGCUUUUCCUCUGCCUUUCUUCUUCCACUCCCUGCCCAAUCUCGAAAAGCUUCUUGUGAAGGAUUCUUUCUUCGAUGAAAUAUUCCAAUGUGAAGAAGUUAUUGGUGAGGAAAAACCUGUGUGUGGACGCACUCCAGUAAGCAAAUUAAGAUUGUCCAAACUUCAUGAGCUAACACAUCUUUGCAAGGAAGAAUCCCAACUUGAAGUAGACAUUCUCAGAAACCUAGAAACUCUAAAAGUGCAGGAAUGUAGCGGAUUGAAGAAUUUAGUUCCCUCCACUGUAUAUUUCGAUAAUUUGCGGACUCUAGUAGUAUCUGAGUGUCAUGGACUUGUCAAUUUAGUGAGUUACUCAACAGCCAAAAACUUGGGGCAGCUUGAAAUGAUGAAAGUAGCCAAUUGUGAGACGAUAGAGGAAAUUGUAGUAUGUUCGGAUAAUGCUGUGAAUGAUGGCAUUGUUUUCACCGAAUUGGAGUGUUUGCAACUUAAAGGUCUACCAAGACUAAAAAGCUUCUGCUCAGGGGAUUGCAACUUUAUAUUCCCAGCUUUGAGAGAGGUAAUUAUUACAGAGUGUCCAAAUAUGCAGAUUUUCUCCAAGGGAGAACUAAGCACACCAAGACUGUAUGAAGUGAAAUUGACAGGAGAUGUAUAUGAAUAUAUGGAUGAAGAUAUAGACGAAGAUAUAGAGAAAAAAAUAGAUGAUAUUUUAAUAAAGAUGAAGUUGGCGUAGAAGUUGUUAGGGAUAAAGGUGAAAGAUGCUG